AUGGAACUGCCAGCACUCCUUCUAAGCUUGGCCUCGCUCAUUGCUCUGGUCAAUGCCUCACCUAUGCACUCGCAACACCAGAAGCGUGGCAGCAAUCUCCUUGGCCAGGUCUACGCCUAUGGCGGUGGUCUUUCUGGAGUGCCGAUCUUCGUCAAAGACUCUGCUGCCUACAUUGGCAAUCUGUCCGAGACUGGUGCGAGCGGAACUUAUGUGUCCUUCACCCAAGAUGUCGAUACACACUUGAUCACCACACCCGUCGACUCAAGUGCGGAAUUGACCGCAUCAUAUCUCGCAAUCAACACCACCAACGGAGCACAAGACUCGGCAGUUUUGACAGAAGCAAGCGGCACUGCGGGCCUGACCACAACUGGUUUCUUCCUGUAUGGCUCCCAAAUGGCUUGGCUGUCGUCCGCCGGUAUGCUGGAGACCAGUUGGUACAUGUUACCAACAGAUAUGGAGAAAGUGUGGUCGCUCAAUUGGAAGGCCGGUGGAAAUCCGGCAGAUGUUGCUGGGGCCAAAGUGGUUGUGCUGAAGGCCAAGCAGUCCUGA